CACUACAUCACAGCCACUUCUUUCACAGCUCGUUGCUCGGGCAGUAAGGCAGGACCCCACUAGCGCGGGGCAAGCAAUUUGACACACUUAUUAGAAAAAAACUUCCCCUCCCUCUUUUUUCUCCUCCUCAUUCCUCCUUCGUCUCUUUGUCUGUCAACUUGUUCGUUCUCAGCUGCCUCAGCAAAGCAAUCAAGAUGGCUUUCGGAACUCUCUUCACCCGCGAGGUACAUACUCUCGAGCAUUGAAAUUGAAUCUGAAUUUGCUGCAAGUGCAAACAAAGAGCGUCGUUACUGACUGGUCUUGGUUCUUCCAGAACAACUGCCGUUCUACCGCCAUCCGCGCGGUCGCUAAGGCGAACGACAUCGAGCUCAACAUCGUCGAGGCCGAGAAGGGCAACGCUACUGUUGAGCACCUCAAGGCCAACGGUCUCGGCAAGAUCCCUGCCUUCAUUGGCGAGGAUGGCUUCGCUCUCUCCGAGUGCAUUGCCAUUGCCAUCUACAGUAAGUAAAGCUGUGCGCGAUGCAUGCCUAAUCUGGCACCACUUUUCUUUCUUGUUACCCCUCCCUUGCGAGUGAUGACCUAGCAUUAUAUACAGUUAUCCCUAUCUGAAAUGUCUUUUCAAGAGUUAUUGUGUGGAUACCGUCUAACUUCUGACCCUGCAACCCAAUUCAUCUUUGUCUAUGUUGUCAGCUUUGUCGGGAUCUUUGCUAACCCCGCUAUAGUCACCUCCCAGAACGAGAAGACCACUCUUCUCGGCAAGACCAAGCAGGACUAUGCUUCUAUCCUGAAGUGGAUGUCCUUCUUCAACUCCGAGGUCCUUCCCAGCCUCAUCGCUUGGUUCGGUCCCCUCAAGGGCGACGCUCCCUACAACAAGAAGAACGUCGAUGAUGCCUCCAAGGCCUCCCUGAAGGCUUUCUCCGUUGUCGAGGAGCACCUCAUCCGCAACACCUUCCUUGUUGGCGAGCGCAUCACCCUUGCCGACCUCUUCGCUGCUGGCAUCGCUGUCCGUGGCUUCCAGUACUUCUUCGACAAGCAGUGGCGCGAGGAGAACCCCGCCGUCACUCGAUGGUUCGAGACUGUCCGCGCUCAGCCCAUCUUCGCUGAGGUUGCUGAGAAGGUUGAGCUCCUCGAGACUCCCGCUCUUACCAACACUCCCCCCAAGAAGCCUGAGCAGCCCAAGAAGGAGGCCAAGAAGGAGGUUAAGAAGGAAGCUGCCCCCGCCGCUGAGGCUGCUCCCGCUUCUGACGAGGCUCCUGCUGCCCCCAAGGCCAAGCACCCUCUUGAGGCUCUCGGCCGCCCCUCUUUCCCUCUCGAUGAGUGGAAGCGCCAGUACUCCAACAUCAAGGACCACAACGAGGCCAUGAAGUACUUCUGGGACAACUUCAACUUCGAGGAGUACUCCAUCUGGAAGGUUGACUACAAGUACAACGAGGAGCUUACCCUCACCUUCAUGUCCAACAACCUGAUCGGUGGCUUCAACAACCGUCUUGAGGGUUCCCGCAAGUACAUCUUCGGAUGUGCUGCCGUCUACGGCGAGAACAACGACUCCGUCAUCCAGGGUGCUUUCGUCAUCCGAGGCCAGGAGCACGUUCCCGCUUUCGAUGUCGCCCCCGAUUGGGAGAGCUACAACUUCGAGAAGCUCGACCCCACCAACCCCGAGCACCGACAGUUCGUCGAGGAUGCCUGGGGCUGGGAGAAGCCCAUCACCGUCAACGGCAAGGAGUACAAGCUUGCUGACGGCAAGGUCUUCAAAUAAAUAAAUUAAAAAAAGGAAAAAGAAAACAAGAGCGAUGAUGAUAAUGGCUUAUGGUUAAAUGGUUGGGGAGGGUAAAUGAGUUUAUGAUAUUUUAUGCCUCAUGAAGGCCCUGCCGGCUGGCAAUUCCCUAUGUAGUACCCAAAAGAACGAAGAACUGUCUGUUACUCAUAGACAAUUGAAAGGAUUUUUUUUUGUGAGAUGAAGUUUGUGUCGCCUUUGGCAAUGGCCAUUUAUGUUCUAUCAUCAACACGCUAUGAAGUUGUAUCUUAUGAGGCCUUGGGCCUCGGGUAUCUCUAAAUGAAUCUAAAGCGUCUAUGAUAUCCUGUGAUUCAUCUUAUUCCUGAUACUUCCCACGUUGGCGCAGGGUCAAAACUGACUAGGCUGCAUCCUCUGGCAAGACAUAAACUGGAUCAAGCUUGAAAGGUGACUGUCUUACAAAGCGGCUGAUAUCCGCCUGGUAGGCCAGUUCAUUCAGGUAAUCGUGAACCUGGGGCAAGACAUUGGGCAUUUCCGUAGACAGUCCGGAGAACUCUGGAAGUGUAAGCGUGUUGAAUGGUUCACUCCGGCCCUUCUCUAACGAGUCAUCAACCAAAAUAGUGUUGCUCUGAUUCCAAAGACCUCCCUUAUGAGCCUGGGGAUAAGCAGCCCUCACCCGCGGAUCAGUCCAUACAGUCGUGAGGCGUUUGUAGACUUGCACUUUUGCGUUAUAAUCACCCUCCGAGAGACCAAAAGAAUCACGACCCCAGACGACAAGAACCUGCUCACGCUGCUCAGGUGUGAGGAGCUGUUCAACCAUCUUGUUGACGUUUUCAGGACGGGCUGAGGACCAAAUCGCAACAUAGAAAGCGUCGAGGCAGUAUUUCAUGAAGGUCUUUGCAUGAGGUCGCUCGACGAAGUUGAAGGGCCGGCGUUUGUUGGGUCGAUAGAGGAGAGUACCGUUGAGGUCCAUUAUAAUGAGAAUGCGACGCGGUUGAGGGAGUCGUUCGGGGCUGAGGUUUGCUUGGGCCAUAUAUUGGGGCGUAGGGUUGGGAACACCUCCAGAGGCUUUGCUUGGGAUCUUGUGGGGCGAUGAAGAGCGACGUUGAGCUGGAGGGGCCUGGAUCAUUGCCUUGGGGCCUUUGGGAAUUCUAAGAGGAGUUAGUGACAUGGUAUGAAAAGACUGCAUGCCAUAGAGUUUUAGAGGCUCUCCAUGCAUCCUCAGGUGAAUUCAGUAUUAUUCCAGACCGAAAUCCUAUCUGAUGGUCUAUACACUUCCAAAGUCCUUCGGAGCGUUGGAAUGCCGCUAGAAGCCUUAUGAAUAUAUGAGAUAGAUCUUCUGAACGUACCUUGCGUCU